CCCCUUUCCGCAAAAUUCCAUUUCAAUUUCCGCCGAUCUCUUCCGCCUCCUUCUUAACCGCCGUCGCCGGCCGAGAAACUGCUGCUACGUCCACCGCUCCCGCCGUCGCAGGAAAACCCCAAAAAAGAAAGAAAGAAUUUGGGGGAAAGAAAGAAAGAAAGGGCAGCGAUAAAAAAAUAAUCGGAGUUAGUGGGUCCCGGCGUAAUUUUGAAAUUUCCAACCGCUGUAGUACCGGACCAGUCGAAGGAAGCGGUUCGUCUUUUUUCUUUCUUCAUCGUUAAAGGAGGAUUCUCUGCUCAUCUCCUUUUCUCCGCCCAUUUGUGCUUUCUCUCGCUCCGAAGGAUUCCGAUAAUUCCCUCCCCUUCUGGGUGUACGGAAAAAGAGGAAACAAAGGAAAACCCCACUUCAAUUAUUCACAAGCCGGAGAUGGGUUUAGGUUCCAUCUUCUCGUUUCAGAGACUCCGUGGCAUCUUUCAGAAUCAGGAGCAGGGAGAGCAGCAGCAGGGGAGAAGGAUGAGGGAGGUUGAUCUUGGAGCCCACACAAUCAAGAGCCAUGGAGGCAGAGUUGCUAAGAACCACAAAUACGAUUGGCUCAUCUUGGUGGUGCUUGGUGUGAUGGAAGUCAUCUUGUUUAUCAUCCAUCCCUUCUAUCGCUUCGUCGGGAAGGACAUGAUGGAGGACCUCAGAUACCCGUUUAAGGACAACACAGUCCCUACUUGGUCCGUCCCGCUAUAUGCAGUGUUGCUGCCAAUUGUGGUAUUCGUCUGCUUCUAUUAUCGGAGGAGAUGCGUCUAUGAUCUUCACAAUGCCAUUUUAGGCCUCUUGUUCUCCGUGUUGGUUACUGGUGUGCUAACUGAUGCCAUCAAAGCUGCAGUGGGGAGGCCGAGGCCCGACUUCUUUUGGCGCUGCUUCCCUGAUGGCAAGGAUCUGUAUGAUCGAUUGGGAGAUGUGAUAUGCAAUGGCAAAGCCAGUGACAUAAAGGAAGGACAUAAGAGCUUCCCCAGUGGCCACGCUUCCUGGUCGUUUGCUGGAUUAGGCUUUCUGUCUCUGUAUUUGAGUGGGAAGAUCAGAGUGUUUGAUAGGGAAGGUCAUGUUGCGAAGCUGUGCAUCGUGAUCCUCCCUCUGCUUGCUGCAUCUCUCGUGGCGAUUUCUCGGGUUAACGAUUACUGGCACCAUUGGCAGGAUGUGUUUGCUGGAUCCCUCUUAGGUCUUAUGGUUGCAACCUUCUGCUACAGACAGUUCUUCCCAGCCCCUUAUCACGAUGAAGGAUGGGGACCGUAUGCAUAUUUUCGGGCGCUGGAGGAGCAGUCACGUUCUGGUGCUGAUCCAAACGCAGUCCAUGGGAGCAAUGUUCAAGCUAUGGAAGCUCAGCAUCAACAAGUUGUUAGGCCUAAUGGGGAGCUUCAAUUUGCAUCACUUGAUCUUGAAUCUGGACCAAGAUAGAGAACAUUUUAUGGACAGCUGUGAAUUUACUUCGUUUAUUUGAUUGAUUCGUGUAGAUGGGUUAAAAUGGUGGUAGUAGUAGCAACAGCAGCAGCAGCAGCAGCAGCAGCAGUAUUUCAGUGUAGGUGGGAGUAAGCUUUUGGGGAAUCAUUUUGGGGUGUUACGGAGUUAUGAUAUGUCCACGUUUAUACAUGCAAGUCUACUGUUCAUAUAUUGAUUUUCCAGAAACUUUUGAGGAUUCCAGAAUUCAACAUGAGAUUCAACAAUCUCUACAUUGUCAUA